AUGCUGCAGACAAUUUACGAGAGUGAAUCGUGUUUUUCCUCAGAUGGGGUUUCUGGACGUGAACAGCUCUUGGCUCAGCAAAGAACACACAGUAUGAUCAGCUCAGUGGAUGUAAAGUCAGAGGUUCCCGUGGGAUUAGAGCCUAUCUCGCCAUUAGACUUGCGAACUGAUCUCAGGAUGAUGGUUCCCAUGGUGGACCCAAUUAUGCGUGAAAAGCAGCUACAGCAGGAACUACUUCUGAUCCAGCAGCAGCAGCAAAUUCAGAAACAACUGCUGAUUGCAGAGUUUCAGAAACAGCAUGAAAACCUGACCCGCCAGCAUCAGGCCCAGCUCCAGGAGCACAUAAAGUUACAACAGGAACUCCUAGCCAUUAAACAACAGCAAGAACUCCUUGAAAAAGAGCAGAAACUGGAGCAGCAGAGACAAGAGCAGGAGCUGGAGAGGCAUCGCAGGGAACAGCAGCUUCCUCCCCUCCGAGGCAAAGAAAGAGGCCGAGAAAGGGCAGUGGCCAGUACAGAAGUGAAACAGAAACUUCAAGAGUUCCUGUUGAGUAAAUCGGCAACAAAAGACUCUCCAGCAAAUGGGAAGAACCAUUCCAUGAGCCGUCACCCCAAGCUCUGGUACACGGCUGCCCACCAUACCUCACUGGAUCAAAGCUCUCCACCCCUGAGCGGGGCCUCGCCACCCUACAAAUACACUUUACCAGGAGCGCAGGAUGCCAAGGAUGACUUUCCACUUCGUAAAACGGCUUCAGAGCCCAAUUUGAAGGUACGGUCACGGUUAAAACAAAAGGUGACAGAAAGGAGAAGCAGUCCUUUACUCAGGAGGAAGGAUGGAAAUGUUGUCAGUUCAUUCAAGAAGCGACUCUUCGAGGUGACAGAAUCCUCAGUCAGUAGCAGCUCCCCUGGAUCAGGUCCCAGUUCCCCAAGCAAUGGUCCAACCAGCAGUGUAACGGAGAAUGAAACCUCAGUUUUGCCAAGUAGCAUUCAAGCUGAGCAUCUGGUUUCACAGCAACGCCCUUUGAUACAGGAUGAAUCAGUGAACUUUUUGAUUCUGUACACAUCUCCAUCUCUGCCCAACAUUACCUUGGGGCUUCCAGCAGUACAACCUCAAAUCAGUGCUUCAUCGUCAUUCAAAGAAAAGCAGAAGGGGGAGACCCAGUCGCUCAGACAAGGAGUGGCCUUGGCUGGACAGUAUGGGGGGAACAUUCCUCCGUCCUCAGCUCAUCCUCACGUUGCUUUGGAGGGAAAGCCAAAUAGCAGCCACCAAGCUCUCUUGCAGCAUCUGUUACUGAAAGAACAAAUGAGACAACAAAAACUUCUUGUGACUGGAGCGGUUCCUCUUCAUCCACAGUCUCCUUUAGCAGCAAAGGAGAGAGUGUCACCUGGCAUAAGAGCUGCCCACAAACUGCCUCGCCACAGGCCACUGAACCGAACCCAGUCAGCUCCUCUUCCUCAGAGUACUCUGGCCCAGCUGGUCAUCCAGCAGCAACAUCAACAAUUUUUGGAGAAACAGAAACAGUACCAGCAGCAGAUCCACGUGAAUAAGAUGCUCUCGAAGUCCAUUGAGCAGCUCAAGCAGCCUGGCAGUCAGCUGGAGGAAGCCGAGGAAGAGCUUCCCGGCGACCACUCGAUGCAGGAGGAGCGAGCUCCCGCCGGCGCUGCCAGUGUUAGGGCCGCGAGCAGCGGUGCUGGUGCGGAUGACAGAAUAGGACCGCAGGCGGGGGCUGUGAAAGUCAAGGAGGAGCCGCCAGACAGCGAUGAGGAUGUUCAAACCCAGCAAAUGGAAUCUGGGGAGCAAGCUGCUUUUAUGCAACAGGAGUUCCUGGCACAUCAGCGUGUCCACCAGUUGCAAGUAUACCAGGCUCAGAUGGCUACAGUUGGCAUGGUGGGAUUAGAUAAACAUCGGCCAGUGUCCAGGACCCCAUCUUCCCCUGCUGAUUCCACAUUACCUCACCCAGACGUGGACCAGCCCAGCCAGCAUGUCUACACGACUGGCGUUGUGUAUGACAGCCUGAUGCUGAAGCACCAGUGUAUGUGUGGCAACUAUGCUAAUCACCCUGAACAUGCUGGAAGGAUCCAAAGCAUCUGGUCAAGGCUGCAAGAAACUGGGUUGCUAAACAAGUGUGAGCGAAUUCGAGGUCGAAAAGCCAGUCUGGAGGAAAUACAGCUGGUUCACUCUGAACAUCAUUCACUGCUGUAUGGCACCAGCCCCCUGAACAGACAGAAGCUGGACCCCAGGAAACUCCUAGGAAGCGUGUCUCAAAAACUCUUUUCCUUAUUGCCUUGUGGGGGACUUGGGGUGGACAGUGACACCGUUUGGAACGAGCUGCACUCGGCCGGGGCGGCACGCAUGGCGGUGGGCUGUGUCAUCGAGCUGGCGGCCCGCGUGGCCUCCCGGGAGUUACAGAACGGCUUUGCUGUUGUAAGGCCCCCAGGCCAUCAUGCUGAAGAAUCAACAGCCAUGGGGUUCUGCUUUUUUAAUUCGAUUGCAAUUACUGCCAAAUACUUGAGAGACAAGCUAAAUAUAGGCAAGAUAUUGAUUGUAGAUCUGGAUGUUCACCAUGGCAACGGUACACAGCAGGCCUUUUAUGCUGACCCCAGCAUCCUGUAUGUUUCCCUCCAUCGCUAUGAUGAAGGCAACUUCUUCCCCGGCAGUGGAGCCCCAAAUGAGGUUGGAAGUGGCCCUGGUGAAGGGUAUAACAUAAAUAUUGCUUGGACAGGUGGCUUGGAUCCUCCUAUGGGUGAUGUUGAGUAUCUCACAGCAUUCAGGACUGUGAUUAUGCCAGCUGCCAGUGAGUUUGAUCCAGAGAUUGUCCUGGUGUCAGCAGGAUUCGAUGCCGUGGAAGGCCAUGACCCUCCCCUGGGCGGGUACAAAGUCACAGCUAAAUGUUUUGGUCACCUAACCAAGCAAUUGCUGAAGCUAGCAGAAGGCCGUGUGGUGCUGGCACUGGAGGGAGGACAUGACCUUACUGCCAUCUGUGAUGCAUCUGAAGCCUGUAUAAACGCCCUUUUAGGAAAUGAGCUGGAGCCUCUCCCGGAAGAUAUUGUGCACCAAAUCCCCAAUAUGAAUGCAAUAGCUUCUUUAAAAAAGACCACUGAAAUUCAAAGCAAGUACUGGAAGUCAGUGGAGCCAUACUCUGUGCCAGUGGAUUGUGCUCUGGCGGAGUCUCAGAAACGAGAGAGGGAGGAGACAGAAACAGUAUCUGCUAUGGCCUCUCUUUCAGUGGAUGUCGAGCAGUGUAUCCCUCAGGAAGGCAGCAGAGCUGCUGGCGAGCCCAUGGAAGAAGAGCCAGCCUUGUGAAGUGCCAAGUCCUCCCUGAUAUUUCCUGUGGGUGACAUCAUUGUGUAUCCCCCCAAAGCACCCUCAGACAUGUCUUGUCUGCUGCUUGGGUGGCACAGAUCAGAUGGAACAUAAACACUGGGCACAAAACUCUGAAUAGCAACUUCACUUGUUCUUUGGAUGGACUUGAAAGGGCCCUAAAGAUUCCUUAAAUGUAACCGCUACAAUUCUAGAGUUACAGAAAAGCAGGCUUGGGAGAAAGAGCCUAGAGCAUGCUUUUUAUAUGCUGUUCAACCCGCCCACCAACAUAAAUUGUGAAAUAGAGUAUUACAAAAUUCUACAUGAUAGAUUAUAGAUACGAGAAUUGCAACAGCCAGCCAAAUACUUGGUAAACUCCAUGAAUCACUUUCUGAUGCUUUUUACUGGGUAGUUUUUUUCAUACUGUGUUAAAAUGUUAAUAGAAUUUGUUUUCUUUGCUCUGUGUAAUGAAAA